AUGGCACUGGCGUUUGUCACUUUGGCCCAAUCGUUUAACACCGAUGAUCACCCAGGUCGUCAAUUGGUACAGGAAGGCUACAGGGAUGGCAAUAGAACAGUAUUUUUCCUUGAAACAGGCCAAGUUCUGAAUCUCGUCUGGGUUCCUUUACUUCAAGUAGUGACCUUGAAGCUAAUCGUAUGGUGGAACGACGACUUUGAGAUGCAUUCACGAAACGACAUGGAGCCGGUCGCGGAGAGCUUGUACUCUUUCAAAGGCACCAUCCAGACUGCUCCUGAUAUUUUACAUGUACAUAAGCAAGCGAUCCAGAAAUAUAGGGAGAACGAGUGUAAACUGUCACAUGCCGACGCUGAACGAAUAAAGCGACGCGUUGAUUCGACGAGUUAUGCGGUUCUAGCCGAAAUGAACCAUCUGAAUACGGAAAAGGUAGGAAUUUAG